CAGGAUGGCACGCCCGAUCUCUGGCAACACCGUGUCGGGAUUGCAAAGCUUUGGCUCUGUUGUCUGGCAAGUCCGAUCCGAAAAUAAAAAUUGAUUUGCAUUUUGUUCUUGGCCAAAAAUGUUAUAAAUGUUAUGAAUUGCCAACGAAAAAUGACUUAGUUACCACACCAACUAAACUAAAUGGCCAAGUGGUGGAAAGUCGGACAAUUAAACAACGGCCGGAAAGUCAAGCGUAUGUGAAGAAGUAGGCGUGUGUACUUGCCGAGCAAUAGAGCAAAAAAAAAAAACGGAAAAACGGUAAAAAGGAUUCAAAGCAAAGCUCAAGCAAUAACUUUUUAUCAGAUAGAAGUAAAUAGGAAAAGUAAUUAAACGCGAGUGCGGCUAAAAUGUGCGAAAAUCGCAGCUAAAAAGUGUAUGCCAAGAAGGAAAAUGUGGCUCCGCCAACGAUAACGGUACUCGUACUCCAAACACACACAUACCACUACACUGCCAGUAGCGAAUCUUGACCACCAGCCGCACCUAUAAAAGUGGGCGUAGGUAGAGACAAAUUACAAAAAAAGGAUAAUAUGUUUUUAGAGACAGAUUAAAUAGUUUAAACAAAUUCAACCUGGAUUAAAAUAAUACUCAAAGCUUAGAAAAUACCAAUACACACAUACACAUUCCCACGCAUAGCGAAGGAAAUAGCGAAAGGAGGAAACGGAGAGGAAAGGAAAGAAAAGAAAAGGAAGAAGAACGAAGUAGCAUCGGCGCGUUGGAGAAAUGUGCGGGAAGAGAAAAGUGAAAAUAAACGUGUAGUAGAGAAUUUUUGAAGCAGACACACACACACACACACACUCACAUCCCCCACUCUUUCUCUCGCUUUCUCCCACUCUCUGACACUCGGCUUUUCCCGUUUUCCGCCUACUCACACACACACUCGCUCAAAACACAGACACUCGUAUUGUAUGCGCGAAAAGCGUGAGCUAGUGAGAACAUGUCGUAAUGGCCAGAGAGGAGUCUCGCGGCAAGAGACCACUGAAAAUCUGGGACAGCUGGCGGAAUGUGCGCAAGGGCGUCGUAGUUGGGACUUUCGAAGAGCUAUUGGUCCGCGGCAAGGACAAGCUGGGGGUUCCUGCUUCAGAACCGGUACGCGUUGUUCUGGAGUGUGAUGGAACCCAAAUCGAGGAUGGCGAAUACUUUCGCACCCUGGCCAACAAUACGGUCCUCCUCCUGUUGAGGCAGGGCGAGCGCUGGUAUCCCACUGGCGUCGACGUCAUAAAGGCUGCAAUAUCAGCUAUACCGAAAAUCGUCUGCGAGACGAUCCAUGCACUAGAGCUGCACGAUGAGACCCCGUCGUGGAAGAUCAUGGACAACAAGGGGCGUGUCACGGUCGUUCUGCACUGGGAUCAGCGGCAGGGUGGUGGUAGCAGUGGCGGCGGCGGCGGAGGAGGAGGUGGUGGCGUCGGCGGCGGCGGCAUGUGCUCCGGUCUGGGCAGCAGCAAUGGCCUGCUCUCCUCCGACAAGUACUCGCCCUCGAAGAAGGGCCUCUCCGCACAGAGUUCGCUCGACAACAAGUCCGUGUCCUCGCAGUCCUCCCAGCCGCGCUACGCCAGCCCCCAAAUAACGGUGAUCAGCGACGACGGACCGGCGAGCAUAUACCAUCCUGGUGGAGUGGUCCUGCCGCCAGGAGUUGUGAUACCCGGCGGUAGCCGUCGCCUCUCCAAGCAGGGCAGCUCCUUCGACAGCACCAUCGGUGUGGGCGUUGGGGCGGUGCAUGUGCAUACGCCGGAGUGCGCCCAUCACGCCCACACGCCAAGCAGGGCUGGCAGUCCCAGCACCACGGAGUGCGACUUCCACUGCUGUGCCCUGCACGAGGAGGGACGAAAAAUAGCCGUGCACAAGAGUGUGGCCACGUCGCCCAUCCAGGACGGAAGCACAAGUCCCCAGCCGCAGUCGGCACCUUCGGUUAUGGAUCCUAUGCAGGGCGUCAGCAGCGGAGGCGGCGGCGGCGGUGGAAGCGGAAGCAUGCAACGCCGUUCGUCGGGGGCCAAAGGCCAUGUUCGUUUCCUGGACAUCGCCCCGGAGCGGGAUAGUUCCGAGAGCGAGACGGAGAACACUGUAAUGGAGGAUGACAAGACGACGACGGAGAAGUUUCUGCUAUUGAUCGACCAGCUGUCGGUGGAUCAAAAGCGCCACCUCAGCAUCAAGGACAUAGGCAUCAUAUUGGAGCGCCUCAACUCGAAGAUCCUUGAUGUGGAGCGGUUGGAUCGGGAGUCCGAGUCGGACGACUGCUACAACUGGACGAUAAAGGCGACAAUACGCGGCGAUGCGCUACGCGAACUGGGCGUCAUCUACAAUGGCAACUACUAUGCCAUCUCCGAGCAUCCCGGCUAUAAGGAGGAGCUGGAGGAGAACGGCGAGGAGGCUGAAGAGGAGGAGGAGGAGGAGGACGAGGAGGACAGAAUUUAGAGGGGAGGAUGAGAAUGAGGAGGGCAUUAAGAAGCGCCCCAUCGACGAAUGCCCCUCGUCGGGCGCCAAGGAAGGUAUCAAUAAACUAACGCAUUUUACAGAAACGAAAAAAACGAACAAAAAUCCAAAAAAAAGAAAAGAUUUAAAAAGAAAACCACACACACACACACACCAUACACACAAAUAGGAGUAGCCCAGCAGCUCAACACACCUCACACACACACACACAUCCAACCAACACAUGCAUACAUAUAUACAUAUAUACUUAUAUAAAAUAAUUACGAGAAUAUAAUAAUGCAAGUCGCACAUUGUACAAUAGUGAAGUAAGCAUAAAAAGUGAAUUAUAAAAAGGCGAAAGCAAAGCAGCCAAAAAAAAAACACUCACACACACACAACACACUCAUCACUCCGACAUCCUUACAUCCUUACAGCCCCCCCCAAAGAAAGCGCGAAAACAAAAUAAAAGCAGUUUUGUAGCAUUUAGCAAGAAUUCUUAUAAACGGGGAGCUCCGUUUAACGAAGGAAUGUAUGAAUAUCAGAUUCAAAUUCAAACUCCCCACUCCCCACACUUGAAUAUCAUAAUUCACCACACCCAUUUCCGCAUCCCGCCAUCCGCCAUUUGCAUUCCGUGAUCAGUUGCUUAUCCAAUCCUUGUGUUGUUAUCGUUGUUGUACAAUAGAUGUUUCGUGUUCCGUUGUGAUUGUGUGCCAAAAUAGCCUUAUUUAGUUGGAUAGCCCCCCAAAACACAGACUGCCACUCGAGUCAGGAAAUCUAAUCUGAACCUAAGCCCAAAGACUAUAAGUUGUGAAAGAGAUUAUAGAUAACAGAGACUAUAAAUUGUUGUUGCCAAAAGCAAAAAAAGAUGAAAAGAAAAUAAGAGAAACGAAAAAAGAUGUCGAGAUGUCUCUCGUACUAUCCUACGUAGUGAGUUCCUUAGUUUUAUUUCUAGUCUCCCAGCCAAUAAAAAAAAACAAGUUCCUCAACAGUGAACUGCAUUCGAGGUCUAUUAUUUGUUAAAAUUGUUAUAUAUUUUUCCUAAAAACUCCCCGCUAAAAAAAAAAAAAAACAAAUUCACCACAUUCGCAUCCUGCAUCAGCAUGUAAAACUGCCGUUAAUUGUAGUGUUGUCAAACGUUCAACAAAUUCGCGCACAAUGUUAAAUUUAAACACGAAGAAUAGAAACAAUAAGCAAAAGAUGCUGGUAAACGCCUGACGAACAAACUAAAUAAAAAUUGUAUGUGUAGUAGAUUUAAACCGCCCCUUUGCAUCGUCAUCGUACAUUGAGUUAGUGAACAAUCUUCCCUAGAAAACGAAAAAGGAAAAUCAGUAGAUCUCUAUUAGUAACAUCGUAAGAUCGCAAUCGAAAUUGUAAUUGCACCCCGUUGUUGCGUGCAAAAGCGAAAACACUGCCAAACAAAAAUAUAUCGCCACCAAUGUCCGCAUUUGCAUUUUCA